AUGAAACGUAUUAUUGAUGAUAUUAUUAAUCAAGUUUCAGAAAUGAAAUGUUUUCAAGAUAAAGUAACUUGUUUACUUGAUUUACCAAAUGAAAAUCUGCUUAUGAUUUGUCAUUAUUUAUCAAUAUAUGAUAUAAUUCAUUGUUUUUAUACACCUGAAAGACCAAAUUUGUCUCUUCACUAUUUGAUACAUGAUUAUUAUACAAAGAUCAAUCUUGGUGUAAUGGCUUUUCAUGAAUAUAAUUAUUUGUUAAGUUUAUUUUCUCAUUCAGAUAAUCCUCUUCGACUUAACUCAUUAAUAUUACAUGAUGAAAAUGAAUUUUAUAUAGAACAACAUUAUUUUUUCUUCAUGUCUUAUAAUACAAUUCGUUCAGUUUUCAGCAAUUUGACAUAUUUUACUGUAAUCAAUCGUACUUCAAAAUGA